GCGAGACGGAGUGAAGGGCUGAAGGCGUGAAGCUAAGGGGAGGGGGAGAGGGGCGAACAGCGCAAUUGCGAUUCUGGAUUUAAGUGCGAAAGGCCGAAGGGCGCAGCCGCAUAGCCAGAGACUGAGUGAGGCGAGCGACGAGCCGAGUCAGCCGACGAAUCUACGUCUCCUUCCCAUCCGCAAUUGACGAGCAGACUGAGCGAGACCUGCGGCUGGGGACUGCGGUUCUUCACUCGUUUUCUUCUUCCCAUCAGCAAAUCUACGACUCCACUACUACACAGAAUUGCAUAUAAAAAUCAAUAUUUACUUCGUUUUGUCUCAGGUAUGUGCUCUAACUUUGUACGUUCUGAUUAAAAUGUUCUGUCUGUGGGAAAUUGAGCAUACAUUGAGAGUGUCUCCCAGCCUCCUCAAUCUUUCACUCCCUUUGUGAGUUCUGAUUAAAAUUGUUUAGUUUGAGAUCAGUGAGCGAGGAAACAGAAAUGUUCUAUCUGAGUGAAAUUGAGCAUACAUUGAGAGUGCCUCCCAGCCUCCUCAAUCUCCCACUCAAUGAAGCUAUAAAGGGAGAGCUUGAGGGUCUUUUCGUGGACAAGGUCAUUGCAAAAUUAGGGCUUUGUAUAUCUGUUUAUGACAUUCUCUCCAUUCAAGGUGGUUUCAUUUUCCCAGGAGAUGGCGCUUCCACAUAUACGGUGAAAUUCAGGCUGAUAAUGUUUCGCCCAUUUGUGGGGGAAGUGAUAGCAGCAAGGCUGAAAGAAUCCAAUGCGAAUGGUUUACGCUUAUCCCUUGGGUUUUUCGAUGACAUAUAUGUGCCUGCUGCUUUGAUGCCAACUCCUUCACAAUCAGAACCUGAUCCUGAGAUUCCAAACCAAGUCCGGUGGAUGUGGAUGUUCGAAGGCAGCAGUGAACAAGAAUACCUGAUUGAUGGCGUUGAUGAGAUACGAUUCCGAGUUCACAAUGUUAGCUAUCCUCGAAUACCUUUAGAGCAAGAUAAUGGAUCAAAGUCAUUUGCCCCUAUGCUUGUUACGGGAUCACUUGAUUCUGACGGCUUAGGCCCUGUUUCAUGGUGGGCUGAUUAAACUUCUUCAGUUGACUGAUUAAACUUGUGCAGGGAUCACUUGAUUCUGACGGCUUAGGCCCUGUUUCAUGGUGGGCUGAUUAAACUUCUUCAGUUGACUCUGAUGAAACUUGUGCAAGGUUCACUUGGUUCUGACGGGCUUACGCCCUGUUUCAUGCUGGGCGGAUUAAACUUCUUGAGUUGACUGAUUAACCGGAAUCAUCUACAGGCUUCACUGUGGGCCGCCACACUAUACCACUCACGGAUUUAUCUCUCUAGCUUCAACGUAUUCUUCUUCCUCAAUUUCACAUCCAGAAAACAUCAUCUCCGUCCCGACUUGGAACUCACACAUUUUUAUUAAUUGUGGUUUCUAAUUUGGGAUAUUAUCCUAAACAGGAGUAAUUAGUUUUUGAAAUUUCAAAAUAGGAUAGUUAAGUAUUUAUUCCCGAAAUAGAAGUCAUUACCGUCAUUAAUGAUGACACUGUCAAGUUUGUCAUACUAAUGCCUACUAAUGCAAUUAUUUGACAGUAAUGACUCUAAUCUAAAAUGACAGUAAAUAAUGUUAUGUUACUCAUAUUUCAAGAAAAAUGUAGUCAUUUUAUUUCAUAAUUUCAAAAUCUAUUUACUUCUACUUUAUAUA